AUGAAACGGAGGAUCAGUGCAAAGAUAGCUACUCGUUGUGGGAAGCAGAUGUCAAGAUUUUUUUACAAAUUUCUAAUUUCAACAGAUCUGUUGAAGUUCUCGGAUAUGGAGCUUGUAAAUGAUGAUGAUAUGACUACAAUAAUCACAAUUUAUUGCCCCCCUAAGAUAGAGAAUCCUCAAUCGAUUGAGUUAUUCGUAGAGUUAGCUGAACCCGAACUCGUUCAAAUUGUCCCUCCAUCGAGUUGUGGAGGGACAUUGCAAGCACCUAAAAAUCCAAACUAUGGUGGAUGUUCGUAUAACAACCCAAUCUCGGGUCCCCAUUUCGAGAAACAUCCAGAGGUGUUGGGCACCAUAGUAGAUGGUGAUGAAGGGUUCGAUAAUGAAGAUCAGUCCUACCAUGAUUUUGAAGAAAUUAGUAACCUAGAUUUGGAUGAGGUCACGGAUGAUAUAGACGAUGAAGGGGCAGUGGAGGGUCAAGAUGUACACCCCCAAUCGGUUAGGAACACGAGAUUUGAUAUAGUUAUAUGGAAUGAUCUAGGGGCCCACAUGUCGAGCAUAGAACCCUAUACGGCGCUUGCAUACAAGUUCCCCGAAUACCUAGAUAUAGUACCUACUCACCUGAUGGAGACUAAUUCGGAGGUUGGAGAGUUGUACGUAGCCCAACAAUUCGAUAAUAAGAAAGAUUGUGUAUAUGCAAUAAAGCAAUACAACAUCAAGUUGUCGGUGGACUACAAAGUAUUAAAGUCUACACAAACUUUUUAUGUUAAGGAAUGUUGGAGGGCCGACAGCGGUUGCAACUGGAGGGUUCGGGCUGCAUUAUUGCAGAGGACUCAAAUGUGGACAAUCAAAAAAUUAAAAGGGCCUCAUACAUGCAUGGCUGCACGUAUGAUGUAA